AGCGCACGGUGCCACUCUUCUCCGCGUGAGGCUCUGGGUCCGCUGUCUUUUUGCAAGAGUUCUUCUCCGCUUCUCGCGACUGCAUAAUGGCGACGGCUGAGGUUUUGAAUAUUGGUAAAAAACUCUAUGAGGGUAAAACAAAAGAAGUCUAUGAAUUGUUAGAGAAUCCAGGAAAGGUUCUCCUACAGUCCAAGGACCAGAUUACAGCAGGAAAUGCCGCCAGAAAGAACCAAUUAGAAGGCAAAGCUGCGAUCUCAAAUAAAAUCACCAGUUGUAUUUUUCAGUUGUUACAAGAAGCAGGUAUCAAAACUGCUUUUACCAGAAAAUAUGGAGAUACCGCUUUCAUUGCACCCAGGUGUGAAAUGAUUCCAAUUGAAUGGGUUUGUAGAAGAAUAGCAACUGGUUCUUUUCUCAAAAGAAAUCCUGGUGUCAAGGAAGGAUAUAAGUUUUACCCACCUAAAGUGGAGCUGUUUUUUAAGGAUGAUGCCAAUAAUGAUCCACAGUGGUCCGAGGAACAGCUGAUUGCUGCAAAAUUUUGCUUUGCUGGACUUGUUAUAGGCCAAACUGAAGUGGACAUUAUGAGUCAUGCUACACAGGCCAUUUUUGAGAUACUGGAAAAGUCCUGGAUGCCACAGAAUUGUACACUGGUUGACAUGAAGAUUGAAUUUGGUGUUGAUGUAACCACCAAAGAAAUUGUUCUUGCUGAUGUCAUUGAUAAUGAUUCAUGGAGACUUUGGCCAUCAGGAGAUCGAAGCCAGCAAAAAGACAAACAGUCAUACCGUGAUCUCAAAGAAGUUACUCCUGAAGGGCUCCAAAUGGUCAAGAAAAAUUUUGAGUGGGUUGCAGAAAGAGUAGAGUUGCUUCUAAAAUCAGAAAGUCGGUGCAGGGUUGUAGUAUUGAUGGGCUCAACUUCUGAUCUUGGUCACUGUGAAAAAAUCAGGAAGGCAUGUGGAAAUCUUGGCAUUCCAUGUGAACUUCGAGUAACAUCUGCUCACAAAGGACCAGAUGAAACUCUGAGAAUUAAAGCUCAGUAUGAAGGGGAUGGCAUUCCUACGGUAUUUGUGGCAGUGGCAGGGAGAAGCAAUGGAUUAGGACCAGUGCUGUCUGGUAACACUGCAUAUCCUGUUAUCAGCUGCCCUCCUCUCACUCCUGACUGGGGAGCUCAGGAUGUGUGGUCUUCUCUUCGACUGCCCAGUGGUCUUGGCUGCUCGACAGUACUUUCUCCAGAAGGAUCAGCUCAGUUUGCUGCUCAAAUAUUCGGAUUGAACAAUCAUUUGGUAUGGGCCAGACUGCGAGCAAGUAUAUUGAACACAUGGAUUUCCUUAAAGCAGGCUGACCAAAAAAUCAGAGAGUGAACACUAUAAAAGUGAACACUACUGCAUUUUGCAUUGCAAAUUUUAAGAGUAAAACAAAAUUUCUAAUUUAGCUAAAGAAGAAAAAUCAAGAUAUAAAGGUGGUUCUAAGUCAGACAAUAAAUGUUAGUGAAUGAAUGCUUUUUAAAACAUGGUAUAAAAAGCUUCCUGGAUUAAUAAACUACAUAUUUAUCACUAUUUCUUUAUAAAAGUGAAUUACUAUACAGACAUGUUAAUUAGUUCCUAUCUAAAACUGAAUAUUGGGUAACAAUUUAAAACACUUCUUAAAUGCUAAUAACCAUCAAGUACUAAAAUUAAUACUUAAACUAGCUAAACCUA